UGUGGUCCUCUGCCCAACUUGAACAGGAAUGACAGCCGCCUCACCGCCCCCCAGCCAGGUAGCCCAGCAACCACACCACCAACCUUCUUCUUCUUCAGCGCCGCCGGCAGCUUGACCCUUCUCCUCAACCACCACCUCAGCCAUCACCUCAACCAUCACCUAUGAGGAUGAGGAAAUCACACCACAACCACCACCCAUCCAAAAAUAAAAAAUCGAGUAAGCGCGCCCUACCCGUCAUGAUUGGGAGCAAAGAUGGAGGCUCCAACACCAGCAUCACCUCCUCGCCCUCCAACAACUCCCCCUCGAAGCACCUGGGCAGGUCGUCCUCGGUGCCCACCGAGAGACCCGCCCCCGCUACCACCGCGGGCGCCGCCGCCCUCGCCAAGAGCCAGAAGCCGGCCGAGAACUCCUUCAACGCCUCACCCUUGCACUUAGUCAAGUCGGCCUCGACCUCCACCCUCACUUCCUCCACCAACACCUCGACGAGCUCGAACAACGCCAACACGCAUCGCACUAGGGCCUCGACCAACGCCAAGGAGGCCGGGGCAGCAGCAGCGACGACGGACAGCAACAUCAAGGAUGAGUUGUACGAAAAAGGGAGACUGUUCCACAGUCCAACAGUGUGA